CAUUUUAGAAGCUUUGAUAUAAAAAUCAGAGAUCCCAUCAGUUUCUGCCUCCUGGCCCUGAGACUUCCUAGUGGUAGGCAAAAUGGCUUUUUCUUCUGUAUUUCUUGUUUUCUUAGCUGGCCUGACAUUUUGCUGCUCCGAAGCUUCACCAGCGGACUCUCCUGACUACAAGCAUCCUCUUUACGUAAGAGUUCUGGAUUCACUCCGAGGAACUCCAGCUCCAAAUGUUCCAGUUAAGUUAUAUAAAGAAGCUGCAGAUGGAUCUUGGGAACUGUUAAAUUCAAAACAAACCAAUGACAAGGGAGGUCUCCCUGAGCUUACAACUAAAGAACAAUUCGGAGCAGGAAUAUACAAGGUUGAGUUAGACACGACCUCUUACUGGAAGAAUAUGGGUUUGAAUGCCUUCCACCACCAUGUUGAUGUGGUGUUCACAGCUAAUGAUGCUGGUUAUCGACAUUACUCCGUUGUUUUUGUCCUUAGUCCCUUUUCUUCCUCAACUACAGCAGUAGUUAGUGAGCCAGUGGAAUAGAAGCUGAUAUUAAGCAUGAAAAUGGAGAUGUGAGAAUUAAAACUUCCAUAAAUGAUAAGAACUUAGUAUCUGAUUGUAUCAACAGCUAUAAGAUUUCACAGUAAAUCACUGUAUUUCUGUAUUCUGUCAGUAUUGCCCUUCAGAACAAAAGUUUAGGGUUUGAAAAACAAAAUAAGCUCAGGAAAAAAUGUAUUGAAAUUCCAUUACUGAAACUCUGAGAAUAAACCAAAGUCUUGCAUGAAGUUAAUAAACUACAUUUCUUUUUGCAAAGGA